UGACCUGCGGAGGCUUUACUUGAGCUGCUAGCGCAGUUACGGGUGACGUGGAGAGCGAUGGAAAUGUUGUCUCUCUCCGGCCGCGGUGACAUCGUUGACAUACACCUGUGUGGAGUUGGGCUGAUCGAAGUGGCAAGAACGAUAAAUAUCGGGAGCAUUUAAAUGAAUUCACAGGCCGCGAAAAGCAACGACGAGGGGUGUCUGUAGCUACUAGAUCCAGAUCCGCGUUUGUCGCGCGCUGGGGGGUAUAGCCGAGGAAGAGCACUCUUACCGGCCAUGGCAACUCCCGAUGACCUCCGAUUCCAGGAGUUCGAGGCGGCCGCAGAUUUGCUGUCCGCCGAUCCCAACGCCUCCACUGUCAGCGCGUUGAGCGUGAGUUCGACCCAAGCGCACGGAGACGUCAAACUGGAUUUGUCGGAGGACGAGGGAGGCCAAGAGGAGAAUUCGGAGCUCCUUCGGGGAGACAAGAAAACUGGCGCCUUCUGGACAUUUGAGUACUACCAGUCAUUUUUCAAUGUGGAUACGAUGCAGGUCCUGGACAGAAUCAGAGGGUCAGUGAUGCCUUUGCCAGGGAAAAGCUUCAUCAAGAGUCACAUCCGGGGCAACCCUGAUCUCUAUGGUCCCUUCUGGAUCUGUGCCACGCUGGUCUUUUCAAUGGCCAUCAGCGGGAACCUCUCCACCUUCCUGAGCCAGAUGGGCCAGCCUCAGUACCACUACAGACCUCAGUUUCAUCGGGUAACCAUUGCAGCUGUGGCAGUGUUUGCGUAUGCGUGGCUGGUGCCACUCGGUGUGUGGGGCUUCCUGACGUGGCGGCAGAGUACUGAACGCCAGAUCAGCGGGUACUCCUUUUUGGAGACGGUGUGCGUCUACGGCUACUCGUUGUUCGUCUAUGUCCCCACCUCGAUCUUGUGGAUUUUUCCUUGGGACUGGCUGCGCUGGUUGCUCAUUAUCAUUGCCCUGCUCAUCUCGGGUUCGCUGCUCAUUCUCACCUUCUGGCCGGUGGUGCGGGAUGACACCAAGUUGACUGCUUUUGCUACUGUGGCAACCAUCAUCGUGCUUCAUGCUCUGCUUGCCAUUGGCUGCAAGCUUUAUUUCUUCCAGACUGUGACACCCACAAUAACACUUAAUCCCACGCCAGCUACUUCCCCAAACCACACAGCAGCCGCCUCGGACAUAGCAAAGGAACACUGACCAAAGGGGGUCAAAUUAGGGCUGUAAAGGGGGGAGUCGGUGUGAGCCUUUUCAUGUAUAGAUUUUUUUUUUUUCAUGAAUAAUUCCAUACCUAAAUCUGACAAGAUUAUAUUUGUAAUCUGUAUAUAAUGAAGAAAAAUGUUUUAGAACAGAUAGCAAUUUUUGGACAAAUUGAGAGAUUUCUAGGGCCUAGGAUAUGCUAAUGGUAUUCAUUUCCAUUAGCUUUUCAUAAAGGUGUCUUCACAAACACCAAGUAAGAGAAAAUUAGCUUGGAUUGAAUUUAGACUGCUGGGGUUGUCCUUUCUUCAGCACGAGCACUCCUAGGUAGUAGCAUUUACAUGCAAACAUUCCCCCUGAACAUGAAUUUAGCCCUGUGGUUUCACAGACUUCGCUGAACUGGCUGCAUAUCUACCAUUAUUUGUGGAAUCAGUCUGUUCACUGAGGUGUAAAUUCACACUGGGUUUGAGAAAUGAACCAGUGUAGGGUUGUGUGGUGGGUUUUUUUUUUUUUUUUUUUUUUUUUUU